AGAGGCGGAAACAAUCCAGGAGGAGCAGAGAGAAGACAUGAGGGACCAAGACCAGGACCAGGUCCAGGUUCAGGUCCAGACCCUGGUCAAAGAGGAGAUUCACGAUGAGCCGGUGUUCAACAACCAUACUGGGAUCAAGGAGGAAGAGCAGGAUCCGGAUUUUAACGUCCAGACCGAGAUCAAGGACGAGAACGAAGACCCGGACUUUAGCGACGAGUUGGUGAUCAAAGAGGAGAGCCGUGAGGACCCGGGUUUUCUCAUCCAGACCGGGAACCAGGACGAGAACCAAGACCCAGACUUCAACGAGCAGUUCGUGAUCAAAGACGAGAACCAGGAGGACACGGAUUUUAACGCCCAGGACCACUUCAACAUUGUGAUCAAGGAGGAGGAGGAACACCAGGAGCCGGAUUUCACCGAGCAGGGAUGGAGCCAGGAGCAAAGCCAGGACCAGGAUCAGGGGCAGCAGAGCCCCGAACCCGCGGGUCCCGCCGGUCCUCAGAAACGGAGAUACACAAAGGCACAUCGGAGCCCAGACGCGACUCCGAAGAGGUUCCGCUGUGACCAGUGUGGGAACACGUUUUCCACUGCAUCCAACCUGAAACUGCACAACCGCAUCCACACUGGAGAGAAACCCUACAGCUGCGACCAGUGCGGGAAGAAGUUCCGGGACACGUUCCGAUUGAAGACGCACCAGCGCAUCCACACCGGAGAGAAACCGUUCGGCUGCGACCACUGCGGCGCGACGUUCAGACGCUCGUGCUCGCUGCAGAUCCACCAGCGCGUCCACACCGGAGAGAAACCGUACAGCUGCGAAGAGUGCGGCAAACUGUUCACGGACUCGUUCAGGCUGAAGACGCACCGGCGCAUUCACACCGGGGAGCGACCGUACAGCUGCGAGCAGUGCGGCUCCGCCUUCAGCCGCUCCUGUUACCUGCAGGUCCACCAGCGCAUCCACACGGGGGAGAAACCGUACAACUGCGAGCACUGCGGGAAAGCCUUCUCCACCUCCAGCAAGCUGACCGUGCACCACCGCAUCCACACCGGAGAGAGACCGUACAGCUGCGAGCAGUGCGGGAAAGCGUUCGCGAUCCCCAGCAGCUUGAAGAGCCACCAGCGCAUUCACACCGGGGAGAAGCCGUACGUGUGCGGCCAGUGCGGCAAAGGUUUCAGCAGGUCAAGUGUCCUAAAGGUCCAUCAGCGUCUCCACAACAUGUAGGACAAACCAUCGGCACAGCUGAGGUCAUGUGACUGUAAAACAGAAGGACAGAUUUGAAACCAGGAACUUCUGUUCCCUCCCCUGUUCCCUGUUCAAGUCACGUAGUCAGCGCUGACUCCACGGUGAGCGCCCCCUGUGGCUUGAUCCAGCCAAAGAAACAUGCUGAAUAUAAACUGACUCUCCCACACCAAACCCCAUAGAGAAAUACAGUGAUUUUAGCUCACGGUUGAUGCAGGCGCUGCUGGUCUACUGCUGCCUCGUGUGGUCAGUUUGUGUCACUGAGGUCAAUCUGAACAAAGAAUAUCAAAUUAAGCAAACUAUUUUAACAAAAUAAGACAUAUGAACUUACCGAUGGAGGCAGCAGUGGAUCGACAACUCCUGUGUGCUGUGGCGUUAAAAUCACUGUUUUUUCUAUAUGGACUUUGGUGUGGGAGAGUGACUGGUUUACAAACUUCAGCUUCCUGUUGGAAAAGGGAGAUAAAAACGUGAACAUUUUCUUAGCCUAGUUCCACCAGCAGGGGGCGCUCACAGCACAGUAGCUCAUGUUACCGAACUUGAGGAAAACCUGAACUAUUUCUUGAUUUGUCACCUGAACGCCUCCGUACAGUUAUCUGACCACUGUAAAUCUACGUGUGUGGCUCUAUGGUGGACAAACACACUAAUUUUUCAGACGUCAGUUUGAAUAACUUUAUUUGUGCAGGUGUAGGGAUACAGAAGCAGAGAGACAGGAAAUGGAUAAAACCAUGUGACCUGGUUUUUGAGAGCACAGGUGUUCUCAGAGGUAGGUGAUCGGGUGAUCGAUUGGUCACUGUCUUAUUAGUAUUAUUGUUUAUCGAUAUUAUUGAUUAUUGCUUCAUGUUUCCAUUGACCGAUGAAUGUCAUUGAUAAUAAUGAUAAUAAAUAUUAAUAUUAUA